ACCUGCGAGUCCCACCUCUCAACAGGAAUGAUUGACGUCCAAGGAUACAUAAAUUACAUUAAUUGAGCUCUGCCUCUAUACACACGUUCCACAGCCGCCUCAUCAGAGAAGCCGGGCUUCAAACACAACCAGUAUCUUCGCUGGGCAUCUCCAAAUGAGGAGACUACCACAAAACUGAGAGAGAACACAUCUUUUCGAUUUUCUGAUCUUCUAAGACAAAGUGAUUUGGAAUUUCUGUGCAAGCAAAGGAAUUAAAGACCUCUUUAAAGAAGAAGAGAAGAGAGGCCGAUGAGCAUUGAACCUUGAGCCUAUUUGGUAACAAGCAGGCCCGAUGUGCCCACAGAGGGAAUGAAGUAUGGAUGUGAAAGAACGGAGGCCCUACUGCUCCCUGACCAAGAGCAGACGCGAGAAAGAACGGCGGUAUACAAAUUCCUCAGCAGACAAUGAGGAGUGUAGGGUCCCCACGCAGAAGUCUUACAGCUCCAGUGAAACCUUGAAAGCUUUUGAUCAUGAUUCCUCGAGGCUGCUUUAUGGGAACAGAGUAAAAGAUUUGGUUCACAGAGAAGCAGACGAAUACACUAGACAAGGACAGAAUUUUACCCUAAGGCAGUUAGGAGUUUGCGAACCAGCAACUCGAAGAGGACUGGCAUUUUGUGCGGAAAUGGGGCUCCCCCACAGAGGUUACUCUAUCAGUGCAGGGUCAGAUGCUGAUACUGAAAAUGAAGCAGUGAUGUCCCCAGAGCAUGCCAUGAGACUGUGGGGCAGGGGGGUCAAAUCAGGCCGCAGCUCCUGCCUGUCAAGUCGGUCCAACUCAGCCCUCACGCUCACAGACACAGAGCACGAGAACAAGUCCGACAGCGAGAACGAGCAACCUGCAAACAAUCAAGGCCAGUCUACCUUGCAGCCUUUGCCACCUUCCCACAAGCAGCACUCUGCCCAGCAUCAUCCAUCCAUCACUUCUCUCAACAGAAACUCCCUGACCAAUAGAAGGAACCAGAGUCCGGCCCCGCCGGCUGCUUUGCCCGCCGAGCUGCAAACCACACCCGAGUCCGUCCAGCUGCAGGACAGCUGGGUCCUUGGCAGUAAUGUACCACUGGAAAGCAGGCAUUUCCUAUUCAAAACAGGGACAGGGACAACGCCACUGUUCAGUACAGCAACCCCAGGGUACACCAUGGCAUCUGGCUCUGUUUAUUCACCGCCUACUCGGCCACUACCUAGAAAUACUCUCUCAAGAAGUGCUUUCAAAUUCAAGAAGUCUUCGAAGUACUGCAGCUGGAAGUGCACGGCCCUGUGCGCCGUAGGCGUCUCAGCGCUCCUGGCAAUACUCCUGUCUUAUUUCAUAGCAAUGCACCUCUUUGGCCUCAACUGGCAGCUACAGCAGACUGAAAAUGACACAUUUGAGAAUGGGAAAGUGAGUUCUGACACCAUGCCAACAAACACUGUGUCAUUACCUGCUGGUGACAAUGUGGAUCUCUCCCAUCCUGGGAAACUGGGUGGAUUUACACAAGAGAACAACACCAUAGAUUCUGGAGAACUUGAUAUUGGCCGGAGAGCAAUUCAAGAGGUUCCUCCUGGGAUCUUCUGGAGAUCACAGCUCUUUAUUGAUCAGCCACAGUUUCUUAAAUUCAAUAUCUCUCUUCAGAAGGAUGCAUUGAUCGGUGUGUAUGGCCGAAAAGGCUUACCACCUUCCCACACUCAGUACGACUUCGUGGAGCUCCUGGACGGCAGCAGAUUGAUCGCACGAGAGCAGCGGAACCUACUGGAAUCAGAAAGAGCAGGGCGGCAGGCAAGAUCCAUCAGCCUGCACGAGGCUGGCUUCAUCCAAUACUUGGAUUCUGGAAUCUGGCAUCUGGCUUUUUAUAACGAUGGGAAAAAUACAGAGCAGGUGUCUUUUAAUACCAUUGUGAUAGAGUCCGUGGUGGAAUGCCCCCGAAAUUGCCAUGGAAAUGGAGAGUGUGUUUCUGGAACUUGCCAUUGUUUUCCAGGAUUUCUGGGUCCAGAUUGUUCACGAGCAGCCUGUCCAGUGUUGUGUAGUGGCAACGGGCAGUACUCCAAGGGACGCUGCCUCUGCUUCAGCGGCUGGAAGGGCACCGAGUGUGACGUGCCGACGACUCAGUGCAUUGACCCACAGUGUGGGGGUCGUGGGAUUUGUAUCAUGGGCUCUUGUGCUUGCAACUCGGGAUACAAAGGAGAAAAUUGUGAGGAAGCUGACUGUCUAGACCCCGGAUGUUCUAAUCAUGGUGUGUGCAUCCAUGGGGAAUGUCACUGCAAUCCAGGAUGGGGUGGUAACAAUUGUGAAAUACUGAAGACCAUGUGUCCAGACCAGUGUUCCGGUCAUGGGACGUAUCUGCAAGAGAGUGGCUCCUGUACUUGUGACCCUAACUGGACCGGCCCAGACUGUUCAAAUGAAAUCUGUUCCGUGGACUGCGGCUCCCAUGGCGUUUGCAUGGGGGGCUCCUGCCGCUGUGAAGAAGGCUGGACAGGCCCCGCAUGUAACCAGAGAGCUUGUCACCCCCGCUGUGCUGAGCAUGGGACCUGCAAGGACGGCAAGUGUGAGUGCAGCCAGGGAUGGAACGGAGAGCACUGCACCAUCGCUCACUAUUUGGAUAAGAUAGUUAAAGAGGGUUGUCCUGGUCUGUGCAACAGCAAUGGCAGAUGUACAUUGGACCAGAACGGCUGGCAUUGUGUUUGCCAGCCAGGCUGGAGAGGUGCUGGCUGUGACGUAGCCAUGGAGACCCUCUGCACGGACAGCAAAGACAAUGAAGGCGAUGGACUCGUUGAUUGUAUGGAUCCUGAUUGCUGCUUACAGAGUUCUUGCCAAAAUCAGCCCUACUGUCGUGGGUUGCCAGAUCCUCAGGAUAUCAUUAGCCAAAGCUUACAGUCGCCACCUCAGCAGGCUGCCAAAUCCUUCUACGACCGAAUCAGUUUUCUCAUAGGCUCUGACAGCACCCAUGUCAUACCUGGAGACAGCCCUUUCAACAAGAGCCUUGCGUCUGUCAUAAGAGGCCAAGUUCUAACGGCUGAUGGAACUCCACUCAUUGGAGUAAAUGUCUCAUUUUUUCAUUAUCCAGAAUAUGGAUAUACCAUUACCCGCCAGGAUGGAAUGUUUGACUUGGUGGCAAAUGGUGGGGCUUCUCUAACUUUGGUCUUUGAACGGUCCCCAUUCCUCACUCAGUAUCAUACUGUGUGGAUUCCAUGGAAUGUCUUCUACGUGAUGGAUACCCUAGUCAUGAAGAAGGAAGAGAAUGACAUUCCCAGCUGUGAUCUGAGUGGAUUUGUGAGGCCGAACCCCAUCAUUGUGUCAUCACCUUUGUCCACCUUUUUCAGGUCUUCUCCUGAAGAUAGUCCCAUUAUUCCCGAAACACAGGUACUCCACGAGGAAACCACAAUUCCAGGAACAGAUCUGAAACUUUCCUAUCUGAGUUCCAGAGCUGCAGGGUACAAGUCAGUCCUGAAGGUCACCAUGACCCAGGCCAUCAUACCCUUUAAUCUCAUGAAGGUUCACCUCAUGGUUGCUGUAGUAGGAAGACUCUUUCAAAAGUGGUUUCCUGCCUCACCAAACUUGGCCUAUACUUUUAUAUGGGAUAAGACAGAUGCAUAUAAUCAGAAGGUCUAUGGUCUGUCAGAAGCUGUUGUUUCAGUUGGAUAUGAAUACGAGUCGUGCUUGGACCUGACCUUGUGGGAAAAGAGGACAGCCAUAUUACAGGGCUAUGAGCUGGACGCCUCCAACAUGGGCGGUUGGACAUUAGACAAACAUCAUGUCUUGGAUGUCCAGAAUGGCAUACUGUACAAGGGAAACGGGGAAAACCAGUUUAUCUCCCAGCAGCCCCCAGUUGUCAGCAGCAUCAUGGGCAACGGGCGAAGGCGCAGCAUCUCCUGCCCCAGUUGCAAUGGUCAAGCUGAUGGCAACAAGCUCCUGGCCCCCGUAGCUUUAGCUUGUGGGAUCGAUGGCAGUCUCUAUGUCGGGGACUUCAACUAUGUUCGGCGGAUAUUCCCUUCAGGAAACGUAACAAGUGUUUUGGAAUUAAGAAAUAAAGAUUUUAGACAUAGCAGCAACCCAGCUCAUAGAUACUACCUUGCAACGGAUCCCGUCACAGGGGACUUGUACGUUUCUGACACCAACACGCGCAGGAUUUAUCGGCCAAAGUCAUUGACGGGUGCAAAGGACUUGACUAAAAAUGCGGAAGUAGUGGCAGGGACAGGGGAGCAAUGCCUUCCAUUUGAUGAAGCCAGAUGUGGGGACGGAGGGAAGGCUGUGGAAGCCACACUCAUGAGUCCCAAAGGAAUGGCGAUUGAUAAGAAUGGAUUAAUCUACUUUGUUGAUGGAACCAUGAUUAGAAAAGUGGAUCAAAAUGGAAUCAUAUCGACUCUCCUAGGCUCCAACGAUCUGACCUCAGCCAGACCUUUAACUUGUGACACCAGCAUGCACAUCAGCCAGGUACGUUUGGAGUGGCCAACUGACCUAGCCAUUAACCCCAUGGACAACUCCAUUUAUGUCCUGGAUAACAACGUAGUUCUACAGAUCACUGAAAACCGUCAAGUUCGCAUUGCUGCUGGGCGGCCCAUGCACUGCCAGGUGCCGGGAGUGGAAUACCCCGUGGGGAAGCAUGCAGUCCAGACAACGCUGGAAUCAGCUACUGCCAUUGCUGUGUCCUACAGCGGGGUCCUGUAUAUUACUGAAACCGAUGAGAAGAAGAUUAAUCGAAUAAGGCAGGUCACAACGGAUGGGGAGAUCUCCUUAGUGGCGGGAAUACCUUCUGAGUGUGACUGCAAAAAUGAUGCCAACUGUGACUGUUACCAGAGUGGCGAUGGCUAUGCCAAGGACGCCAAACUCAAUGCUCCAUCCUCCCUGGCCGCCUCUCCAGAUGGCACACUGUACAUCGCAGACCUAGGAAAUAUUCGCAUCCGGGCUGUGUCCAAGAAUAAGCCUUUACUUAACUCCAUGAACUUUUAUGAGGUUGCAUCACCAACUGAUCAAGAGCUCUACAUUUUUGACAUCAAUGGCACUCACCAGUACACUGUGAGUUUAGUCACAGGUGACUACUUGUACAAUUUCAGCUACAGCAAUGACAAUGAUAUCACUGCUGUGACAGACAGCAACGGCAAUACCCUGAGAAUUAGACGAGACCCUAAUCGGAUGCCAGUUCGAGUGGUGUCACCAGAUAACCAAGUGAUAUGGUUGACAAUUGGGACAAAUGGCUGUCUAAAAAGCAUGACAGCUCAAGGACUGGAAUUGGUUUUAUUUACCUACCAUGGCAACAGUGGCCUUCUAGCCACUAAAAGUGAUGAGACUGGAUGGACCACAUUUUUUGACUACGACAGUGAAGGUCGUCUGACGAAUGUGACGUUUCCAACUGGCGUGGUCACAAACCUGCAUGGGGACAUGGACAAGGCCAUCACGGUAGACAUUGAAUCAUCCAGCCGAGAUGAGGAUGUCAGUAUCACCUCUAAUCUGUCCUCCAUUGAUUCUUUCUACACCAUGGUGCAAGAUCAACUAAGAAACAGCUACCAGGUUGGCUACGACGGCUCCCUUAGAAUCAUCUACGCCAGUGGCCUGGAUUCACAUUACCAGACUGAGCCACACGUCCUGGCCGGCACGGCCAACCCAACGGUUGCCAAAAGAAACAUGACGCUUCCUGGGGAGAACGGUCAAAAUUUGGUGGAAUGGAGAUUCCGGAAAGAGCAAGCCCAAGGGAAAGUCAACGUCUUUGGCCGAAAGCUCAGGGUUAACGGCAGAAACCUCCUCUCUGUUGACUUUGAUCGAACAACAAAGACAGAAAAGAUCUAUGACGACCACCGUAAAUUCCUGCUGCGGAUUGCCUACGACACAUCCGGCCACCCCACUCUCUGGCUGCCCAGCAGCAAGCUGAUGGCCGUCAACGUCACUUACUCGUCCACAGGCCAAAUUGCCAGCAUCCAGAGAGGCACCACCAGCGAGAAAGUGGAUUAUGAUGGGCAGGGGAGGAUUGUAUCCCGAGUCUUUGCAGACGGGAAAAUGUGGAGUUAUACCUACUUAGAAAAGUCUAUGGUGCUCCUGCUUCACAGCCAGCGGCAGUACAUCUUUGAAUACGACAUGUGGGACCGCCUGUCUGCUAUCACCAUGCCCAGUGUGGCCCGUCACACCAUGCAGACCAUCCGGUCCAUCGGCUACUACCGGAACAUAUACAACCCCCCCGAGAGCAACGCCUCAGUCAUCACAGACUACAAUGAGGAAGGGCUGCUUCUGCAAAAGGCUUUCUUGGGCACAAGUCGAAGGGUCUUAUUCAAAUAUCGGAGGCAGACCCGGCUCUCAGAAAUUUUAUAUGACAGCACAAGAGUCAGUUUUACCUACGACGAAACAGCAGGCGUUCUCAAAACAGUGAAUCUUCAGAGUGAUGGUUUUAUUUGCACCAUCAGAUACCGACAAAUUGGCCCCCUGAUUGACAGACAGAUCUUCCGCUUCAGUGAGGAUGGGAUGGUCAAUGCCAGGUUUGACUACAGCUACGACAACAGCUUCCGCGUGACCAGCAUGCAGGGCGUCAUCAACGAGACUCCCCUGCCCAUUGACCUCUACCAGUUCGAUGACAUUUCUGGCAAAGUUGAGCAGUUUGGAAAAUUUGGAGUUAUCUAUUACGAUAUCAACCAGAUCAUUUCCACAGCCGUGAUGACUUACACGAAGCACUUUGAUGCCCACGGGCGCAUCAAGGAAAUUCAGUAUGAGAUAUUCAGGUCACUCAUGUACUGGAUUACAAUUCAGUAUGACAACAUGGGUCGGGUGACCAAGAGAGAGAUUAAGAUAGGGCCCUUUGCCAACACCACCAAAUACGCUUACGAGUAUGACGUGGAUGGACAGCUGCAAACAGUCUACCUGAACGAGAAGAUUAUGUGGAGGUACAACUAUGACCUCAACGGGAACCUCCAUCUCCUGAACCCCAGUAACAGUGCACGGCUGACGCCUCUCCGCUAUGACCUGCGAGACAGAAUCACUCGGCUGGGCGAUGUCCAGUAUCGGUUGGAUGAAGAUGGCUUCCUCCGACAGAGAGGUACAGAAAUCUUUGAGUAUAGCUCCAAGGGGCUUCUGACCCGAGUUUACAGUAAAGGCAGUGGCUGGACAGUGAUCUAUCGCUACGAUGGCCUGGGAAGGCGCGUCUCCAGCAAAACCAGCCUCGGGCAACACCUGCAGUUCUUCUAUGCUGACCUAACUUAUCCCACCAGGAUCACUCAUGUCUACAACCAUUCAAGUUCAGAAAUUACAUCUCUUUACUAUGACCUCCAGGGACAUCUCUUUGCCAUGGAAAUCAGCAGUGGGGAUGAGUUCUACAUUGCAUCAGAUAACACAGGGACACCGCUGGCUGUUUUCAGUAGCAAUGGGCUCAUGCUGAAGCAGAUUCAGUACACCGCCUAUGGGGAAAUCUAUUUUGACUCCAAUAUUGAUUUUCAACUGGUCAUUGGGUUUCAUGGUGGGUUGUAUGACCCACUCACCAAAUUAAUCCACUUUGGAGAAAGAGAUUAUGACAUUUUGGCAGGGCGAUGGACAACGCCCGACAUAGAAAUAUGGAAGAGAAUUGGGAAGGACCCAGCCCCUUUUAACCUGUACAUGUUUAGGAAUAACAACCCUGCCAGCAAAAUCCAUGAUGUGAAAGAGUACAUCACGGAUGUUAACAGCUGGCUGGUGACAUUUGGAUUCCAUCUGCACAAUGCUAUUCCUGGAUUCCCUGUUCCCAAAUUUGACUUAACAGAACCUUCAUAUGAACUUGUGAAGAGUCAGCAGUGGGAUGAUGUACCGCCCAUUUUCGGAGUCCAGCAGCAAGUGGCCAGGCAAGCCAAGGCCUUCCUGUCCCUGGGCAAGAUGGCAGAGGUGCAGGUGAGCCGGCACAAGGCGGGCGGCGAGCAGUCAUGGCUGUGGUUUGCCACGGUCAAGUCGCUCAUCGGCAAGGGCGUCAUGCUGGCCGUGAGCCAGGGCCGCGUGCAGACCAACGUGCUCAACGUGGCCAAUGAGGACUGCAUCAAGGUGGCCGCCGUGCUCAACAAUGCCUUCUACCUGGACAGCCUGCACUUCACCAUCGAGGGCAAGGACACGCACUACUUCAUCAAGACCACCACGCCCGAGAGCGACCUGGGCACGCUGCGGCUGACUAGCGGCCGCAAGGCGCUGGAGAACGGCAUCAACGUGACCGUGUCGCAGUCCACCACGGUGGUCAACGGCAGGACGCGCAGGUUCGCCGACGUGGAGAUGCAGUUCGGGGCGCUGGCUCUGCACGUGCGCUACGGCAUGACCUUGGACGAGGAGAAGGCGCGCAUCCUGGAGCAGGCGCGGCAGCGCGCGCUCGCCCGGGCCUGGGCACGCGAGCAGCAGCGCGUGCGCGACGGCGAGGAGGGCGCGCGCCUCUGGACCGAGGGCGAGAAGCGGCAGCUGCUGAGCGCCGGCAAGGUGCAGGGCUACGACGGCUACUACGUGCUGUCGGUGGAGCAGUACCCCGAGCUGGCCGACAGCGCCAACAACAUCCAGUUCCUGCGGCAAAGCGAGAUCGGCAAGAGGUAACGCCCGGAGAGGCGCGCGCCGUCCCCGGCCUCUCGCGGGGACACCGGACUGGCCGGCCGGAGCCUGGACACGUCUGCGCAGAGCGUUCUGGAGCACAACCCGAAUCGGACUCUCCGGCACACGGAAGAGCCUUCUGGAAGAACGAAACUGCUGUUUAAAAAACCCACAAAGACAACUUUUUUCUGAAUGACCUUAAAGGUGAUCGGCUUUAAAGAAUAUGUUUACAUGUGCAUAUGGCUGCACUCACUUGGACCUGAAGUAGUCAAAGAAAAAAAUAAUACUAAUGAAAGAAAGAAAAACAAAAAAGGCCUCAACAUUUGCUCUGGGCCUUCUGCUCCUCGCGCUGUAUUCAAGGUCACACAUGAGUACAGUGCUCCCAAACGUGACCGGAUUGUCCUUUGCUUACAAGAAGUAGUCGCUCUGCGUAGGAUGUGAUACGUGUCUCUGUUCAUCUGGGGCAGAAUUGGCUGUUUAUAGAGAACCCAGCUGCUUUCCCUGUGCAGCUUUGUAGAAGGACCUUGGCACAGCGACUUCUGCUCUGGCAAGGCUUUAAUAUCGGAUUUUACGCUGCUAACUGGUUGGUUUGCCCUGGGGGAAAAAACUGGCACCUAGAAUCCUUGUCGCUGAUAAGCAAAGGAAAUCCUGAUUUUUUUUGUAAAUUAUGUGAGACAAGUUGUUUAUGGAUUUUUAUAUGAAUUACAAUUUACUGUACAUCAAAUAUUAGUCUCAGAGGAGUUAAUUUAUGUAAAGUGUUUAAAAAGUUUAUACUGAAAAAAUAAAAUGAUAAAAACAUGUGAACUGUGUGAUUUUUUUAAAAGGAUUGCACCUUUUGUUAUCUGUUAUAGCUGUACAGUAUAAAUUAUUAUAUUGUAGAGAUAUAACGAUUAUGCCUAUAAUGUCCAGAAGUGUUAAUAUUUUUGUAUUAGGUUGAAAAAAGAUAAUGUGCAACUUUCUAUUACUAGAUGGAUAGGACAGUGCAAUCCUACCUGGGUGGCAAAUCAGAAAACCGUUCUUUUCUCUUCCUUCUCUUAACUCAGGGUGGGAGGAGUUCUCUGGCCCAUUCUCAGCCCUGGAAGUCCGUGGGGAGUUUAAGAAUUAAGCCCAGGGUUUUCACUAUUACUGUCACCAUUCUUGAAGCUCCAUCUCAAGAUGGAGGAGAGACCACAUCAGAUGCCCAGGAAGCAUUUGCGAAGGGGGAAGGCUCUGAUGUCGUGGCUGUGGCUGUGACUGUAGGUACCUAGGGAAGAGAGCAGAGACCCAACAGUGGUGAGCAGCCAGAUGGAGCAAGAUCACUCCGCUGCCAAGUCUUGGGUUUGGACCCUCAGGUCGCCAAGGGGGACAAGAAAGGGAGACAAAAGCUCCUGUAAGCCCACAUGCCCACACCCUCUUGGGAGCCCAUACGUGCGUACUUCGGAAUGAGCCCAUCCGUGAGCACUAAAUCAGCCACAAAAAUAUUUUUAGAGAAUAUUCCUCAGUUCAUUGAGCUAUAGUACACAGUUUUCCUCUAUGUAUAAUGGUGAUAAAACAUAGCAAGUGAACAUGUCGUAAGCAUAAAGUUUCAAGUGAUGUAUUGAAAAUAAUUUUCUAACCGCUUUGUAUGUAUCCCAUACUCAAAAUUGCACAGUAGGCGUGUUUAUUAAAACAGAUUGGCUGGGAGAGUUUCAAAAUAGCUACUGAAUUUACAGUGUCAGUGCUAUUACUGUCUUUGUGUGUUAGGUAGCGCAUACUGAAAUCAUUAAUCUUCUAAUGAAUGCUGAUAUUUUAUUAGAAUGAAAGCACAGAUUAGCAUUAAUUUUUUAUCCUGGAAGUCCUUUGGCAAGUAUUAUGCAGCCCAAAUUUAGCAAACAAUGAGAUUUCAAACCACAUGAACAUGGCUCUGGUUUACGUUUUCUUUUUUAACUGUUAACUUAGGUAUUUGCAGUUCUGUUUAAGGGAACUGCGUUUAGCAUGCUGUAAGUACUUUUGGGUGAAACAGGCUCUGAGACUAAAUUCUCAGAAAUGUUUCUGAUGUAUUGACCAUGAAAAGCUUGUACCACAUGACAGAAGUGAAAUCAUAAUCUUAACCCCUUCUCAACAAGGACUGGUCUUUAUACCAGCACCGACAAAUAACAGACAGAUCUGGAGUAAUUCCUGGUGCUUAUUUUAGAUAAAAUCAAAUCAACCCAAUUAGUGUCUUGUUAGUAGGUAUAAUAAGCCUAUUUCUUUCUAAAAAAGACUUGUGAUCUGGACAUGCUUUUACAAGAAAUAGUGACCUUGGGGAAUAUGUACAACAAAAGACCUUUUUCUAAGAGUUGGGGGAGGGGAGGGUGACUGUCUAAUGAAAAGAAUCAGCUUACAAAAAACAAAAGAAAAAGAAGAAAUUGAUAUUCAAAGUAUUUUAGGCAAAGCCAGUCAAAAUGCUUUCAUGAUAUUUUGAGAUGUAAAUUUUGUCUGAUUUGUAUUGUUCUUUUAAUUUGCCUUCUUAACUUUAUAUGUGACCUGAAUUUUCCAUAACUUAAUGACUAUAGAUUGCAUCUAGGCAUUCCAAUAAAAGCCAACCCAAUGUG